AUGGAGUUCCACAACGGGAGCUUUGGCAGCAUUUUCAAGCUGUGGCUUGCCGCCACCCUUGCUUUCCUCCUGCUAUUGUUGCUCGUCAGCCAGGGGUGGUCGCCGGUGGACAUGAUGGCAGCGUCUCGUCGGCAACGAGCAACUACUCCCACAGGCAGAAACUCUGACGAGAAAAAUGAAGAGAUAAUUUUUGACGAAAGUUAUGACGAGACAUUGACACCGUUUGGACUGCACUCCCAGUCCAAUUUUGCAGGUUUAGCCGAGCUUCUGCCCAAGGUUGCCACGGACGACCGGACGGUGAUAAUCACGUCGGUGAACGAGGCGUUCGCGCGGCCGGGUUCCCUCCUCGACCUCUUCCGUGAGAGCUUCUACGCCGGCGAGAAGAUCAACCACCUGCUGGACCACCUCGUCGUGGUCGCUAUCGACGCCGCGGCGUACCAGCACUGCCGGCGCGUGCACCCGUUCUGUUACCUUCUCCAAGCGAACACAUCCAUGAACCUGAGCUCCGCCAGUAACUACAUGAGCGACCCCUACGUGGAGCUCGUCUGGGCCAAGCUCGAGCUGCAGCAGCGGGUCCUCCAGCUGGGCUACAACUUCCUCUACACGGAUGUGGACAUCGUGUGGUUCCGCGACCCGUUCCGGCACAUCGGGGUGCACGCGGACAUGGCCACGUCCUCCGACCUCUACUUCGGCGACCCCGACGACAUCGACCGCAGCUGGCCCAACACCGGGUUCUACUACGUUAAGGCGACGAACCGGACCGUGGAGAUGCUGCGGCGGUGGCGGGCGGCGAGGUGGCGGUUCCCGCGGGGCCACGAGCAGACCAUCUUCAACCACAUCAAGCACGAGCUCACCGCCGCCGACGGCGACCUGCGGGUGCGGCUCCAGUUCCUCGACACGGCCCGCUUCGGCGGCUUCUGCCAGCUCUUCCGCAACGACAUGGCGAAGGCGUGCACCAUGCACGCCAACUGCUGCGUGAGCCUGGGGAACAAGCUGAGCGACCUCCGGGACGUGCUCGGGCAGUGGAGAAACUACACGGUGAUCAAGCCGGCGGAGAGGAGGAGGAUCUUCGAGUGGCGCGUCCCGGCCAAGUGCGGGACGCCGGACAAGAGGGCGGCGCGGGCACCUGAUUCGGACCGGCGCGCGAUCAGUUGA